AUGUGCGACAAGGUCGAAAAUCUGCUAGACGUAUGCGAUCGCUGGAACCUAUCAAUCAGUGUAGCCACAAGCUACUGGGGCAGGCGCAAGGUGACCUACCUGGGCCAUCAAUUGUCGACAGAAGGGUUGGAAGCGAAGCCGAAGGAUCUUGAAGCCUUCUCGAAUCUCCCUUUCCCCACCGAACUGAAGUCGAUGCAGUCGCUCCUUGGAAGCCUGAAUUACUACAGCCGCUUCAUCGAGGACUUUGCAGUCUACGCAUCGAUCAUGUACGAGCUUCGGGAGGUAGAUUACUACCAGAUCGCGCGGUUGAAAUCGACCGGAGAGCCGGAGGAAGGGACAACACCAGCGGACGAGGAACGCAAUCGCUGGACGCGAGCAAUGAGUGCGUUCACCAUACUCAAAGCGAAGAUCAUCUCCACCCCGAUCUUGAAGAACUUCGAUCCGGGGCGGACGCCAAUCAUAGUCCUCUAUGCUAACAAGUGGGCGAUCUCGGCGGCAACUAAUGAAGGAACACGGCGUCUGACGCUGAAGGCCAACGAGAUGAACUAUUGCGAUCAUAAGGAGGUCCUGGCUUUUCUUCGCAUGUUGGACGUCUGCUACUCGCAGCUGGUCACCAGAUCGAUCAAGGUGCUAUCGCGUUUCUCCACGCUAGCCUGGCUCCUGAAGUCGAAUGAGCUAGACGGGCGUUUGGGCAGGUGGGCCGCAUUGUUGUCGGGUGAAGAAGAAACCUUAGGGGAGAUCGCUGCGAGUAUCACUCCUCGAGCAGAAGGUGACGAGGCUCUAAUCGCAAUCGCCCCAAAGAAGCAACCCCGGAAGAUGAUCGCCACGAUUCCUCCAACCGUAGAGCUGGAAGAGAGCCUGUUGGUGGCGAGUUUUGAUGGAUCAGCGAGAGUGAAACGUGCAGGAGGCGCAUUCAGCGCGAUCCUCUGGAAACUCCCCGAGUGGACGAUCCUCGAAGCGAUUACAGGGGAUUGCUGCUGUGUUUCGAUCUCCUCUCGACUCAAGCCAGGGGGCGAGAUGAGAGGCGAGAUCGACUGUAAGGCGACAGGUCUGCAGCUGUUACGUCAAAAGGCUUUGAACCAACUGCGAUCUUGGCCGAAGCACGAAUUCGUACACGUAAAGAGAGAUUGGAACCAAAGUGCCUACAAGUUCGCCAGUGUCGCCUUACAACGUGAAGAAGGCGAGAUCGUGACAGCAGAGGGAGAACGUCAGGGCUUGAUCACGCUGAACAGAUUGCACGAAAUACUGCAACCAAGAUCAGCCAGAUCAGUAACUCGCGUGAAUGCAGUCUCUCGAUCUGCGGUAAAUCGGACUUCGCCACCAGCAGCGAUGGAUGAAUCUAUUGUUCGACGCAUACGGAGUCAGCGGAUCAAGCAAGCACAAGACGAAGAGAAGUGGAUCGCAGGUCUAAAGGAGUACCUGAACGGUGACCUGAAUGGUCUAUCGAAGGAAGAUGCGAAGACGUGUUCAAAGAUCGCCGCAACAUAUGAAGUCGACGAAGACGGACUGUUGUUUUAUUGCCCGAGGACAUUGACACGAGAUGAAGAUCGCGACGAUACCGUCAGACUGGUGGUGUCGGAAAGCUUGCAACAGGAUUUCCUCCACCAUUACCACACGAGCCUGGAAGGAGGCCACCAAGGUGUCGGGAGACAUACCGUAGAAUCUGGACGCGUUUUCACUGGCGUAAUCUGUACCGAAGUGUCCAGCGCUACGGAAAAAGAACCCCACAAAUCAAGGAAGAUCGCCGGGGAAUAUGCAAGGUACGUACCCGUUCCAGGUCAUAUCCAUGGAUCACGUCCCGUCGCUACCGAAGUCUUCAAAGGGGACACGGAGUUACUGAUCUGGGCUGACCUGUUCACCGGAUACGUGAUCGCCAAGGCUGGACCAUCGCGGGGAACCCAAGUGGUGGCGGAAACCUACGAGGAAUGUGUCUUCAGGCGGUUCGGUGCAUGUGAAACAUUCAGGCACGAUCGAGAACCAGGCUUCAUGGCAGAUUUCUUCCGCGCGUUUAAUCGGAUCGUGAAGAUGAGGCAAAGUCCCACCAUGGCCUACCGCCCACAGGGUAAUGGAAAAGCGGAUCGAACGGUCCAAACACUGACGAGAGCGCUGAAGAUGUAUAUCUCCGAUGUCAAUCAACAGGACUGGGAUGACUACGCCGAACGCUUGACGUUUGCUCUCAACACGGCGCAAGAUCGGGUGCGUGGGGACACAUCCUUUUAUCUGGUGCACGGGUGGGACGCAAGAUCAACGCUGGAAGCAACGCUUCCGAUCGGAUCCACAAGGCGGAAGGACAGCGAUGCGCGCCGGUGGAGGUAUCGUCUGCAAUCGCAAUAUCGACGAGCGAGAGAAGUGAAACCAGAGCUGCCUAACUAUCGAGUUAGGCCGGACAAGAUCGAGCAAGGAUCACAAGUAUGGCUCUACCUGGACCGGGUGAAGGAAGGGUUCGCGAGGAAACUGGCCCACAUGUGGCACGGUCCUUUUCGUGUGACCGAGCUCAUCGGUGAUCAUGCCGCACGCGUGGAGACUAGUGGAACAGAAUACCGCACCUUCCCUGUGGUGCACCUGUCGAAGUUGAAACUGGUGAGGGCGUUCCCCGACCGCCCAACUUGCACCCUGCUCGUCGAGGAAGGAGAUCGAGUCGACUUUGAUGAAUCGCUGCUUCCGGAGGCCAACUGGGAGACUCCUUUGGGCGAGGACGAGUUCGAGGUGGAGCGGAUCACCGAGGACGCUGCACGCGAUAUGGCCGCGUAUACCGAGAGUUCCAAGUGUUUUGGAAAGGCUAUCACAAACCCACUGGAUGAGGCCGACCCCAACUGUAGGGCGCUCUUGGCUGAGUUCGAACGAACUCAAACGAACCGUCGUCGGUUCAACGUCAUGCAGGCGCACGAAGAGGCGUCGGACAACUUGUAA